AUGUCCGCUGCUGAGCUCGACCUCGAUCAGCUCUCUCCUAGUGAGAGAACGGCAUUGGAUACAUAUACAUCUGUUACAGGUCAGGAUCUACCAGAGGCCAUCCCGCUACUGCGUCGGUCACAAUGGAACGUCCAGAUAGCUAUCGCCAAAUUUUUUGAUGGCGAGGGACCCGACCCGGUUGAAGAGGCCCGAGAGGCAAUGCAUUCCUCUCCACCUCGACCGACUCGUCGAACCCAGAACUUGAUGUCCGAUGACCUGACGGCGCAAUUGACGCCUGUUGCACGGUCCGCAGACCUGGCCCCGCGAGUCGAUACUCAAUCCGAAGACCACCCUGUCUAUCGCCCUCCCUUCAUCUUGGCUCUUCUGUUCACCCCCUUUAAUCUCGUCUACCGACUACUCUGCAGCUCAUUUCGUCUCUUCGGGACGCUUUUCCUUUUCCUCCCGCGGCUUUUCAACGCUACAGCGAAUCCCGCUCUUCAAGGCGCACGAAGAAAUACUACGGGUCGUCGAUCACUCGGUCCGAAAGAUACAGCGGCUCGUUUCAUCCGCGAAUUUGAGGAGGAGUAUGGAACACACUCGGUGCCAUUCUUAGAGAACGGAUACAACAUGGCCUUGGAGAAAGCUCACCGGGACUUGAAGUUCUUGUUGGUGGUUCUCACAUCGCCCGAGCAUGAUGAAACGAAUGGCUGGGUGCAGGAUACUCUACUGGCACCGGAGGUCGUGGAGUUCAUCAAUGACCCGCAAAACAACCUUCUUGUGUGGGGCGGCAAUGUCCGAGACUCCGAGGCAUAUCAAGUGGCCAAUUCGCUACGAUGCACAAAAUUCCCAUUUGUCGCAUUGACUGUUCACACACCAAAUGUCUCAUCGACUGCCAUGUCGGUCGUGGGCCGCAUCGCAGGCAAUACUGCGCCAUCUGAAUUUGUAAACCGACUUCGCACAGCCAUCUCGACGAACCAAGAGCCAUUGGAGCGCAUCCGCGCCACACGUGCCGAGCAGCAGGCGUCUCGCAGCUUGCGUGAACAACAGGACUCGGCGUACGAGCGAUCGCUGGCGAUCGACCGGGAACGGGCUCGCCAACGCCGGGAAGCGGAGGCCGCCCGACAGAGAGAAGAGCAAGAAGCGGCCGAGCGUCAAGCGGCUGCAGAAAAGAGAGAACGGGAUUUGGCACAGUGGAAGCUCUGGCGCGCACAGUCCAUCAGCGCGGAGCCAGGGACCGAUGUCAAGGAUGCCGUGCGCGUAAGCGUGCGCUUGCCAUCUGGCGAGCGUAUCAUGCGGCGGUUUGCGCCAGAGGCUGACAUUGAGGAACUCUACGCGGUGGUGGAAUGUUACGAGGUGCUUCAAGAUGAGGCUCGGCCCACGAAUGUUGUUGAGCCCGAGAAUUUUGAGCAUACGUACGGCUUUUCUUUAGUGUCACCAAUGCCCCGAGCUGUGUUUGGGGUGGAAGAAGGCGGAUUGAUCCGUGACAAGAUCGGUCGGGGAGGAAAUCUAUUAGUGGAACCGAUAGAAGAGGUUGACGAAGAAGAGUCAUGA